ACCGUGGCGGGCGGGGCCUUCAGCGAGGACACGGCGAGGGGCAUCAUAAAACAGGCGGUGCUGGCGUGCUGUCACCGCCAAGACCGCGGCUACCUGCACCGGGACGUCAAAGGGGAGAACCUGCUCCUUCAAACGGACACUCUCCAGGUGAAGCUGAUCGACUUCGGCUGCUGCAACCUGCUGAAGGAGGACCCGUACCAUGAGUAUUCUGGCACCGUUGAGUACUGCCCGCCGGAGUGUUUCACCAAAGGCCUGUACAACGGGCACAAGGCCACCGUCUGGUCUCUCGGCGUGAUGCUGUUUACCCUGGUCAACGGGAAGCUGCCCUACAAGGACGAGUACAGCAUCCGCAGAGGACACAGGCUGCGCUUUAAAGCAGGCGUUUCUAAAGAAUGCAGGGAUGUGAUUCACUGGUGCCUAAGACGAAAUGCUGAAGGCCAGCGCUUGAGGAAAUCCGGCUAAAUGAUUAGCUGUUGAACUAAGCUAUAGCGGGGGAGGAGACCCCGGGGAAGAUCUAGGACACGCUGG